AUGUCUCUUUCCUUCUCCCCGACGCAGGUCAUCCCAGACUGGAAGGAGCAAGAGUGGUCGUCUGAGAAGCCGGAGAACUAUGCCGGCAUCUUCCACUUCCAGUUCUGGCGGUUCGGCGACUGGGUGGACGUGGUGAUUGACGACCGCCUGCCCACGCUGCACAACCAGCUCAUCUACUGCCACUCCAACUCCAAGAACGAGCUGUGGUGCGCGCUGGUGGAAAAGGCCUACGCCAAGUGAGUGAGGCAGCGUGGACUAGUGGUUAGAGUAGCUGGGCUACGACCUGGGAGACCAGGGUUGAAAUCCCCAAUCGCCCAUCACGAAGCUUUCCGGCCAGGGAAAUGACUCCCACCUGAAGUCCUGGGGGGCUGCUGGACCAGAGGGCUGACUUGGCAGCUACCUGUUGUGUUCCUCUGGUUGUGAAAACCAGGCAGCAUUUGUUAGGUAGAUUUAUUGCUUUAUUGUUCGGCGUCCAGCACACUUCCCCCUGCAGGCCUCUGCAGGUCGUAAAGCAAUUAGCAGAAUUGCACAGCGUCCGUGUUGAAAGGGCAGUAAAACAAGUCCCACACGUUUCUUCUGUCCUAAUAUCACUUUAUUUGCUCAAAAGUAGCAUAUUUACAAACAAGAAAUUCCAUCUGAUUCAAGCUGCAUCUUCUCCCUCUGUUUGCAGCUGCGUAACAAAACUGCUUUCACUUUACACUCAGCUCACAGCAUUCCAAGCUGCUUUUGUCACGUCCUGGCUUACUUCCCUUGUAAGCGCCUCCUCUCAGGUUUGAGGCACAGAAGGUUAACCCUUCACUACACCCAACAGCAUUCUCCCUAUUUUGAGGGGCAGGGGGCUUAUUGGGACAUUGGCAUUAGUAUCUUUCCCUCUCCCUCACACUGCCCCACCAGCCAUGUUUUCUUAAAAAAAGGUCGUUUGGCUAUUCCUUUUCUGGAUGACCUGGCCAGCAGCCAUCAUGUUUCUCUGUAAUACCUCAAUUCCUGUCUCGGCACCUAGACCAUCAUGCCCUGACAGUGUGUCGCCCUGGAUACACCGUUGACAAAAAUUAAAAAGAUGUGAACUCAUAUUUCCCACUUGUUAACAAAGUCACUUCAAUGACACAGAAAGAAAAUAAAUCCCGAAGGUAACUUGGCUGAGGAAACUGAACAAAUCAAUAUACAGUAAAAUUUGAGGAGAACCAAACAGAGGUUUUUGUCUUUCGUGGUUCAGGCCUUGUACGUAGCCAGGAAGGCAUUCGGUCAGACGUACAGAGAGAAACCUCCCUCAGAACGAUGCAGCAAAUCCGAACUCUGUUUGGCCUGGCUAUUAAUCAUUGCCAUCACCUCCCUCUUGGUUCCCUGAGAACAGAAUUAACCCUAAAGUUACGUGCAGAAUUAUCUCCGCUGCUGAACUUGCAACGCCUCUUGCUUCUAAGCAUUUAAACGCAACAGCUGUGUUUGCUAUUAGAGGGCAUGAUAUGUGGCAUAGUGGUCUAAACCACUGAGCCUCUUGGGCUUGCUGAUCAGAAGGUCGGUGGUUCGAAUCCCAGCAAUGGAGUGAGCUCACGUUGCUCUGUCCCAGCUCCUGCCAACCCAGCAGUUCAAAAGCAGGCCAGUGCAAGUAGAUAAAUAGGUACCACUGCAGCGGGAAGGUAAACAGCGUUUCCAUGCACUCUAGUUUCCAUCAUGGUGUCCUGUUGCGCCAGAAGCUGUUUAGUCCUGCUGGCCGCAUGAUCCGGAAAGCUGUCUGUGGACAAAGGCCGGCUUCCUCGGCCUGAAAGCUAGAUGAGCACCACAACCCCAUAAUCACCUUGACUGGACUUAACCAUCCAGGGGUCCUUUAACUUUUACCUUUAUGUGGCAUAGUCUUGAGCUUACGCCAUGGGUAGGCAAACUAAGGCCUGGGGGCUGGAUGCGGCCCAAUUGCCUUCUUAAUCCGGCCUGUGGGCGGUCCGGGAAUCAGUGUGUUUUUACAUGAGUAUAAUAUGUCCUUUUAUUAAAAAUGCAUCCCUGGGUUAUUUGUGGGGCCUGCCUGGUGUUUUUACAUGAGUAGAAUAUGUGCUUUUAUUUAAAAUGUAUCCCCGGGAUAUUUGUGGGGCAUAGGAAUUCCUUCAUCUUUUUUUUCCAAAAUAUAGUCCGGCCCCCCACAAGGUCUGAGGGACAGUGGACCGGCCCCCUGCUGGAAAAGUUUGCUGACCCCUGGCUUACAUCAUGCCACUCCACAAACAGGGCAUAAUCUUUGUCGCGCCCCGUGUUCUUAUUCUCCUCUUCCCCACUGCGUAGACUCUCGGGAUGCUACGAGGCCCUAGACGGAGGUAACACGGCUGACGCUUUGGUGGACUUCACUGGCGGCGUCUCCGAACCCAUCGACCUGCUGGAAGGCGGCUAUGCGAAUGACGAAGCCAAACGCAACGUCCUCUUUGAGCGGGUGUUGAAGGUCUACAACCGGGGAGGUCUCAUCAGCUGUUCCAUAAAAGUAAGCAGCCAGCAGUUCUUGUUGGCGUAACCGCAGGAGGGUGGGCCUGAUCAUCUCCUGAAUCUUAAGCGGUUCCCAAGAAUCUGGCGCAAGAUGUAAGCCUUGCUUAACCCAUUAGGAUUGGUGUCCACAGAACCACGGAAUUGUAGAGUUGAAUGGGACCACAGCGGCCAUCUAGUCCAACUCCCUGCAAAGCAGGAAUAUUCCACCCAACCUGGGACUCGAAUCCGCAACCCUAAGAUUAAUAGGAUACAAUAACCUAUUAGACAUUAAAAGCUUCCCUAAACAGGGCUGCCUUCAGAUGUCUUCUAAAAGUCUGGUAGUAGCGUGUUGCGAAAGUAAAAUGAAACGUAAAAACCACCACCAACAAAAAAACUUUAAAUAUAUUAGAGGCAGGGGACUGGUGAAGUCUUUAACAGGCACCAGAAGGCAUAAUGCUAUUUAUUCCCCUUUCAAGAAGGGCAUUCUAGUUUUGGUGCCACCACUGAUCAGGCCCUGUUCUUCUGCCUCACUUUUUCUGACGCCUCGGCACUGAGGUGUUUGCUGAAAUAAUUCGUUGCCGAGCCUUGAGUGGAGGCUCACAGCUUUUUUUUCAUCCUGGCUCCUUAAAAUCCUCUAGCCCCAUGCCAGUGUCCCUUGGGCGGAUGUUUCUAAGCGCACCGUUUAAUUCUUGUGCUUCCUUUGUCCCCUCGGCAAGGCCACCUCCGCGGCCGACAUGGAAGCCCGGCUGGACUGCGGCCUGGUCAAAGGACACGCCUACGCUGUGACGGACGUGAGGAGAGUCCGCCUGGGCCAUGGCCUGCUGUCCUACUUCAAGUCCGAAAAGCUCGAUAUGAUCAGGCUGAGGAACCCCUGGGGGGAGAAAGAGUGGAAUGGACCCUGGAGUGACACGUGAGUAUGUCUGGGAAAGUCUACCGGAAACGGGGGCCACCUUGUCUAAAUGGCUUUGGCCACGUUCGUACUGAUGGGACUGUGAGGAGAACCUGAGCUUGCAGGGUUCUCCUGUAAGCAAGAAAGUCUCAUUGCGCUGGCCUCUACUGAGACUGAGUUCAGCGCACUGUCGGAUUUGUGCCAGGAACUGGAGUUCUAUAGAUGCCUGGUGCAAUCCCCAAUCUGUGGGGAUUGUAACUUGCCCAUCACUGUUUGGGAAGACAAUCAACCCUGUCUGAAGCUGGCAGAGUCUGGGCAGUUUUAAGGCCAAAACCCAGCAUCUAGACAUAUGAUUCCAGAAUGUGUGUCAAAGUAUCCAGUCAGGUUUGAUAUGGCUGAAAUAUGGUGCAAGCCUCAAUAACCUGGGUGAUGGGUUCACUAAACCAUUGAGCUUCCAGCGUCAUGGGGAGUUCUGUGGUGGUUUGAAGCAUAGCUGUCAACUUACAGAUUUGAAAAUAAGGGACCAGCAGCCUGUACAACUAUGUACAGACACGUUUGUGCGAUGUUCUGUGCGUUACUAGAUAAUGGUUAACCUACGCUGUAAAUAAACUGCUUUUAGUUUAGUAACACUGCCUGAGAGCCUGAUUUAUGCACACUGAUGCACAGAAGACAGAAAGCCCAGCUCCUGAACGCUGUGUGUUUACUCUGCUUUGCUUUGUGGUCUGGAAUGCGGGCUACGCUCAGGGAAGCUUGCUGGACUUUAUCUCUCUGAGCAAUAAAUCUUUCUCAGAGGGACAAACCAGUUCAGAUGGCAGCACGCUGUCCUUCCGUACAAAAAAAAUAAAUAAAAAUUGACCUCCCCGCACAUAGAAGACUAGCCUGUCAGGGAAGAAAAGAUGCUGGGCUGUUUUUUUCUCUCCCUGGCAUUUACUUCGCUGUGUGGAAGGAGAGAGAGAGAGAGGCAUCCCAUUAUAUUAUAUUUUUCAUUGUGGUCUCACUGCCCCCCUGGAAGCAUGUUGUGGACUGCUGGUGGCUCCCAGACCCCAACUUCAUUGUUCCUCAGACAUUAUAAAUACUAUAGAUAUAAGCUGGUUCCACACCUACACACACACCCGGCCAUUGUUUCCUUGAAAUCAAUAAAAAAUUACAUGUACCGUAUUUUUUCGUGUAUAAGACGACCCCAUCCAUAUAUAAGACGCCCCCUAUUUUUUGAGCCCAAAAUUAAGAAAUAAAUUUGUUAAUAUAUUUCGUUGCAACAUUCCGUGUAUAAGACAACCCCCAAUUUUAAACUUUAAAAAAUUGGGGGGAAAUAUAGUCUUAUACAUGGGAAAAAAACAGUAAUAUGUAUGAGAAAAACAACCCAUAACUACUUACUUACUUAAAUUUGUAUAUUACCCUUCAUCCGAAGAUCUUAGGACAGUUCACUGCAUAAAUGCACCAAAUAAAAAGGCCAAAUGCAUAACAAUAACCAAACCAAACCCCAUACUCCCCCCAAAAAAAACAUUUAAAAGGACAAUGAAUGUUAAAAUUGAUGAUAAUUGCAGCCAGACAGGUUAUAGCGAGUAAUUGGAAAAAUGCAGAAGAGCUAGGGGUGAACCAACGGAGGGAAAAAUAGAAAAAUAUUAUAAUCUUAGAAUAUCUAACUGUGAAGAUACAUAAAAUGAAAGGGUUUAAGGUCAGUGAGAAGGAGGAGGAUUGGUUUGAGAAGAUACUGAAUUAUUUGGGCAGGUUUGAACAAUUUGGGGCAAUUAAAAUGUUGAAAGUUAAAUAAACCUUAUGGAGGGAGGAGUGUUAAGGUAUAUAGAAUUGUACAUAUGGUUGAUUUGAAUAUGUUGUUAUUGAUUAUGUAUACCCAAUGUAUCAGCCGCCUGGAGGUUUUCACUGUUUGUUUUCACUGUUUGUGUUUUGGCUGUUGGUAAAAAAAAAAUUGAAAAGAAAAAGGACAAUGAAUGUUAAUCAGCCACAGGGCUGGUUGACAAGAAACAUUUUCUUUUCUUUUUUUAAUAACUUUUUUAUUCAAAAUUAAAACAAAACAUAUUAUCCAGAAACAUAUCAUCCUUAUUUCCCCCCCAUUUUUCCUCCCUCCCCCCCACAGAACCCAUCCCCACCCCCCAACUUCCCUCAGUUCCAGUCUUUGGUUUCUCCAAUAAUGCUAUUUUCUGCAUGUUACACAGUUGUAUAGAUCCUGAAACUAUUUAGCUGAUUAUUAUCAAUAAGAAGUUUGUGAUUGUUUAUUCAAAGCCAGCCAAGGAGUCCAGUUCGCUUUGUUGCGUCUUCAAAUACUUUGUAAAGGGUUCCCAUUCAUCUUUAAAGUCACAGUUAUCCUUGUCCCGUAGUUUAUAUGUCAGUUUUGCCAGUUCUGCAUAGUCCAUCAAUUUUUCUUACCAUGAUUCUUUAGUUGGGGUUUCUUCAGCCUUCCAUCCUUGUGCUAUUAAAACUUUCGUGGCCGUUGUCGCAUACAUGAAGAUGUUUUUCAGCUUUUUUGGCAGAUCUUUCCCUACAAUCCCAAAUAAAAAUGUUUCAGGGUUUUUUUAACAAACGUUAAAUGGAUCAUUUUCUUCAAUUCGUUGUAUAUCAUUUCCCAAAUUUUUUAAUUACCUUACAAUCCCACCACAUAUGAUAAAAUGUCCCCUCCUUUUCCUUACACUUCCAACAUAUAUUUCAACUAGUCUUGUACAUUUUCCCUAACUGCCCUGGUAUUGUGUACAUCAUCUUCAUGUAAUUCUCCUUCAAUAGGGAGCAAUCUGUAAAUUUUAAAUCAGUUUUCCAUAAUUUUUCCCAAUCUUCCAUCAUAGCGUUGUGACCUACAUCUUGUGCCCAGUUAAUCAUGACAAGAAACAUUCUCGCCUGGUACCUAAAGAUGUAACCACGGUUAAUAUGAUUUCUAAAUAUGUAACCAUGGUUAAUAUGAUUUCUGUGUUUCCCCUCAUGCGUCCUCUUGUCGUUUCCGCAGCUCAGAGGAAUGGCAGAAAGUCAGCAACAGCGAAAGAGAAAAACUGGGAAUGACUGUCCAAGACGAUGGGGAAUUUUGGUGAGUUGUGCAUAUGAAGCAAAAGCGGAUGAUUCUUUAUCUCUCUCAUCAUAGCCCAGUGCAACUAUCAGGUCUUUUCCUCAGUACAAAAGAUGCCAAUCCCAGAUUUAAGUUUGUUACGGGGGUGCUGGGUUUUGACGCAGAAACGGGCUUUUUUAAUUUUUAAAUUUCUUUUCCAAAGGUCUUUAUUGAAACUUAAUAUAUAUACAUAAUAACCAAAAUCCCCAAUGAUUCCCUCACAUAAAAUAUAAUAUCUAAAUCACAACAGCUACGUAAUUAUACACUAAAUUAUAAAUCCCACCACCAACUCUCUACUUUCCUCCACAGCAAUUUGACUUCUUUAUAUUUCUUUCUACCUUUUCCCCUUGCAUUCCAUAAUAAAUUAUUUUUGUUAAAUUCUGAUUUUUCCUUCUUUCUUUAUGGGUUUUGUUAUUGCUAACAUUUUUUUAUUCUAAGCCUAUUAGCAUGUCGUUUUUAGCACAAUACUUUGACAUAUAAUCUUCAAAUUACUUCCACUCCAUUCUUAAAAAGUUAAGAAGUUAAAAAGUCGGGGCUUUUUAAUUUAGGUUGGUGGGGGGAGGAUGAUUAAAGGGAGAUGUGACGGAACUGUACAAAAAUGAUGUACAUUGUCAAGAAAGUGGAUAGAGGGAGGUUUCCCUCUCGCAAAAUAGGACAGCGCGGAGCAGUGGUUAGAGGGCUAGACUUGGUCACAGUAGCCAACCAGAUGCCUAUAAAAAGCUUACCUGAGUGCAGGAGGGCUCUGUGAUUUCCAGCAAUGGUUACAGUGGUACCUUGGUUCUCAAACUUAAUCCGUUCCGGAAGUCCGUUCCAAAACCAAAGCGUUCCAAAACCAAGGCACGCUUUCCCAUAGAAAGUAAUGCAAAACGGAUCAAUCCAUUCCAAACUUUUGAAAAUAACCCCUAAAACAGCAAUUUCACAUGAAUUUUACUAUCUAACUAGACCACUGAUCCAUAAAAUGAAAGCAAUAAUCAACGUACUGUGCUAUAAGAUAAAUAAGACAGUGUUGUAGAUGAUAAAAACAAAAAUUCAAUAUUUUUCAUACCCUCACUGAUGAUAGUCGUUGUUUGGAUGGGGGGCUUUUAUCCAUUUCUGUAGUCACGCAAUCAAUCAAUCAGUAGCUGAACUGGGUUCCAAACAGUCACAAAAACAAAUGAACCGAAAAAGCCUCAAAAACAAAAACGCAAAAUAAAUAGCAAAAACAAAAGCGCCAAACUUAAUCCGUUCCGGAAGUCCGUUUGACUUCCGAAAUGUUCGAAAACCAAGGCGCAGCUUCUGAUUGGUGCAGGCGCCCCGGAAACAAUAGCCGACAGCCGCAUCAGAUGUUUGGCUUCCGAAAAACGUUUGAAAACUGAAACACUAAAUUCUGGGUUUUCGGUGUUUGAGAACCAAGGCGUUUGGGAACCAAGGUACUACUGUAUACAGAAACAUUGCUUCCUCCAGCUGUGGAAGCAGGGCAGAGCCAUUGUGGCUUCUAGCCAUCAAUAGCCAUUUUGCAGGUCACAAAAUCAUAGAAUUGUAGAGUUAGAGGGGACUACGAGGGUCAUCUAGUCCAACCCCCUGCAAUGCAGGAAUUUUUUGCCCAUCCUGGGGCUCGAACCCACGACCUCAAGAUGAAGACUCUCAUGCAGUCGUCCUCAGAUAGUGUUUCUGGGUCAGAUUCAGCUAGCUGAAGUAUCUUAAAGGUGGCGCCACACCAGAAGUAAGGGAUACAAGGCCCGUUUAACCUGGCCAGGCUUUGAGUCGACAUUCGAACUCUUUACUUACUUACUUAUUAUUGAUUGAAUUUAUAUACCGCCCUAUACUCGGGGGUCUCAGGGCAGUUCAAGAUAUAAAACCACGAAAUACCUGGGCAUCAAGAUAUAAAACCACAAAAUACCUGGGCAUCAAGAUAUAAAACCACAAAAUACCUAAUGAAAAUAAAAACAACAACCCAAUAGCCCCCCCCUCAAAAAACACACCCUAAAUUUUGAAAGGGCAUACGAUGUCAAUCAAAUCAACCAAAGGCCUGGUUAAAAAGGAAUGUUUUUGCCUGGUGCCUAAAGGCGUAUAAUGGAGGUGCCAGGCGAACUUCCCUGGGGAGAGCAUUCCACAGACGGGGAGCCACUGCAGAUAAGGCCCCGUUCUUGUGUUGCCACCCUCUGGACCUCUCGAGGAGGAUGAUCUCAGGGUCCGGGUAGGUUCCUAUGGAAAGAGGCUGUGCUUGAGGUAUUGCAGUCCUGAGUCGAGAUUCGAACUCUUCCCCACCGCAGGAUGACGUUCGAAGACUUCUGCAGGUACUUCACCGACAUCAUCAAGUGCCGCCUCAUCAACACGUCGUACCUGAGCAUCCAUAAGACCUGGGAAGAGGUGGUCUUGCGGGGGGCCUGGACGAAGCACGAAGACCCCUUGAAGAACCGCUGUGGGGGCUGCGUCAACAACAGGGACACCUUCCUGCAGAACCCACAGGUGAGGCGGCAGUGAGUGGCAGGUGAGAGGGGGAGCAAGGUGUUCCUAAGGGGGCAAUGCUUGUCUCUGCCACUGAGACUACCUUCCGCUGUCUGCAACGACUCAGGUUGCAAAGGGCAAAGAAGGCAGCAGGAUUCUCCGCAGCUCACUUUGGUAUGUAAUAUUAUUAUUAUUAUUAUUAUUAUUAUUAUUAUUAUUAUUUAUUAUUUAUACCCCGCCCAUCUGGCUGGGUUUCCCCAGCCACUCUGGGCAGCUUCCAACAAAACACUAAAAUACAAUAACCUAUUCAACAUUGAAAGCUUUCCUAAACAGGGCUGCCUUCAGAUGUCUUCUAAAAGUUUGGUAGUUAUUUUUCUCUUUGACAUUUGAUGGGAGGGCAUUCCACAGGGUGGGUGCCACUGCCGAGAAGGCCCUCUGCCUUGUUUCCAGUAACUUGGCUUCUCGUAGCGAGGGAACCGCCAGAGGCCGUCGGAGCUGGACCUUAGUGUCUGGGCUGAACAAUGGAGGUGGAGACGCUCCUUCAGGUAUACUGGACUGAGGCCGUUUAGGGCUUUCAAGGUCAGCACCAACACUUUGAAUUGUGCUCGGAAACGUACUGGGAGCCAAUGUAGGUCUUUCAAGACCAGUGUUUUAUGGUCUCGGCGGCCGCUCCCAGUCACCAGUCUAGCUGCUGCAUUCUGGAUUAGUUGUAGUUUCCAGGUCACCUUCAAAGGUAGCCCCACGUAGAGCGCAUUGCAGUAGUCCAAGCGAGAGAUAACCAGAGCAUGCACCACUCUGGCAAGACAAUCUGCAGGCAGGUAGGGUCUCAGCCUGUGUACCAGAUGGAGCUGAUAAACAGCUGCCCUGGACACAGAACUGACCUGCGCCUCCAUGGACAGCUGUGAGUCCAAAAUGACUCCCAGGCUGCACACCUGGUCCUUCAGGGGCACAGUUACCCCAUUCAGGACCAGGGAGUCCUCCACACCCACCCACCUCCUUUCCCCAAGAACAGUACUUCUUUCUUGUCAGGAUUCAACCUCAAUCUGUAUAGAUUAAGUCUGUAGAGGAAAAUCUGGAAAAAAUUAACCGUAUUAAGAACAUUAAGGAUAAGCUAUGUAAGAUGCAAUGUAAACAACAACUCUAAGACUAAGAGAUGAUGAGUAGUGGGAGAGGGAAGUCACAUGGGUAUAUUAUUAUGUAGUAUUCUAUAUUUUUAUUUUAUAAUUCUAGUUGUUUUAACCUGCUGGUCACCAAUUCUUAUCUCCCUGCUCUAAUUCUGGCUUGCUUUUAUAUUGAUUGUAUUUUGAUUUUAUAAUUUUGUAUUUUAGCUAUUUUUAAACCGCUGGUCUAUGACCGUAAUAAACUGAUUGAUUGAUUGAAGGGUGCUAAGUUCCCAGAGUCCCUUUGGAAGGGCGGAUUGGCUGUGAAACUACCCUAGGAAUCGCAAAUCUGGGAGAGAAACAGGAGUCUCCUAAGAGCUCUCAGCUUAUUAGAAAGUACAGGGCAGGCAUAGGCAAACUCGGCCAUCCAGAUGUUUUGGGACUACAAUUCCCAUCAUCCCUGUUAGCUAGGGAUGAUGGGAGUUGUAGUCCCAAAACGUCUGGCAGGCCGAGUUUGCCUAUGCUUGGGACUGAGAGACUGGGGCCAGCUUAAGCAAGGAACAUGAGAACGUAGGAAGUUGCCUUAUACAGACUCAGACCAUUGGCCCAAUUAGCUCAGCGUUACCCACACAGGCUGGCAGCAGCUCUCUCCAGGGUUUCAGGCCGGAGAUCUAUGCCAGCCAUGCCUAGAGAACCCAAGGAUUGAAUCUGGCACCUUCUGCAUGCCAAGUGAAGGCUAUGCCAGUGAGCUACAACCCUUUCCGGAGCUCAGGCUGGGUAGAGACGGGGAAAUGGCCUGAGACCUCCGUCGAAUCGGGAAUUCCCCGAUUUGUAGCUCAGCCUCUUAGCCAAGUGCGGGUGGCGCUGUGGGUUAAACCACAGAGCCUAGGACUUGCCGAUCAGAAGGUCAGCGGUUCGAAUCCCCGCGACGGGGUGAGCUCCCGUUGCUCGGUCCCUGCUCCUGCCAACCUAGCAGUUCGAAAGCACGUCAAAAUGCAAGUAGAUAAAUAGGUACCGCUCCGGCGGGAAGGUAAACGGCGUUUCCAUGCGCUGCUCUGGUUCGCCAGAAACGGCUUAGUCAUGCUGGCCACAUGAAAAGCCAAUAAAGCGAGAUGAGCACCGCAACCCCAGAGUCGUCCGCGAGUGGACCUAAUUGUCAGGGGUCCUUUUACCUUUACCUUUACUCUUAGCCAAGAAGGCGCGCCAGGGAACGGUGGGCGCUAGAGCCCCUGGCUUGGAGGUUGCCAACCAACUGCCCCCCUCUCAAAAUUAAACCCGUCUCAUAUUCCAUUGCUUUUCUUUCCCGCCCAGUACGUUUUUGACGUGAAGAAAACAGAAGACGAAGUGCUCAUUUGCAUCCAACAGAAGCCGAAACAGACCAAUCGGAAGGAGGGAAAGGGGGAGAACCUGGCUAUCGGAUUUGACAUCUAUAAGGUCAGCAGGGUGUGUUUGUGUGAACCGCUGGCCUGUUUCUGCUUCUUGCUUCUCACCGUUAGUAAAAAAAAAAAAGAAGAACAUCAAAAAGAUGGAUUUAUUUUACAUUGGAUAUUCUUAGACUGAAAUAAUUGUUACAGUGUACAUAAUAAAAGAAAUCUAUGAUAACUAUAUAAAUAUGUAUUAAUUAUUAUUAUUAUUACUAUUAUUAUUAUUAUUAUUAUUAUUAUUAUUAAUACCCCACCCAUCUGGCUGGGUUUCCCCAGCCACUCUGGGCGGCUUCUAACAAAAAAUUAAAAUACAAUAGUCUAUUAAACAUUAAAAGCUUCCCUAAACAGGGCUGCCUUCAGAUGUCUUCUGGAAGUCUGGUAGUUGUUUUUCUCUUUGACAUCAGGUGGGAGUGUGUUCCAUAUUACAUUGGUACCUCGGGUUACAUACGCUUCAGGUUCCAUACGCUUCAGGUUACACACUCCACUAAGCCAGAAAUAGUGCUUCAGGUUAAGAACUUUGCUUCAGGAUGAGAACAGAAAUCGUGCUCCGGCGGUGCAACAGCAACAGGAGGCCCCAUUAGCUAAAGUGGUGCUUCAGGUUAAGAACAGUUUCAGGUUAAGAACAGACCUCCGGAACGAAUUAAGUUCUUAACCCGCGGUACCACUGUAUAUAUAAAAAUAUAAUAACAUCACAAAGAAUAAACAUCAAAAGAUAGGGAGAGAGAGAAAAGGAAAAAGGAAAAACAAACAAACAGCAAAACCGAAAAACUAUUAAAAAAAUAAAAAUAUCAAUCGACAGUAAGCAGUGUUCAAUAUAUUCAGAUUUGUUGAUUUGUUGACUUCCGUCUAUACUUUGCUGUUUCAAGUCAACUACAGUAUUACUGUUUUUAAUCUAUGUUUCAUUAUUCGUCCCCACCUUGGGCUAUGAAAUUAUUUUUCUGUCUGUGAAAUGAAUAUAGACACAGACACAGAUUAUUGGGACCAAAUUUCAUCAAAUAAUUUUUAUGACAUUCCCAUUCUUCUUUAACCUUAUCUGCUGAUUGGUAGAUUAGGUCCUCUUUUAAAGCCACCUGGGUUGCCUCAUGUGGCAGUGAGUUCCGUAGUUUCACACUCUCUUCUUCUUCUUUUCUUUCCUGUGCUUCAUUCUGCCCAGGUGGAGCUGAAUCGGACUUACCGGAUGCACACCCUGCAGCCCAAGGUCGCCAGCUCCAUCUACAUCAAUUCCCGCAUCGUCUUCCUGAGGACAGACCUGAAGGAAGGGCGCUACGUCAUCAUCCCCACCACCUUCGAGGCCGGCCACGUGGGAGAGUUCCUCCUCAGGGUGUUCACAGAUGUGCCUUCCGAUUGCCAGUAAGCUGCUCUCCAUGGAGCCUUUUGAUCCUGGCUGGGACCAUAUUUGCACCUGUCUGCAUUUGAUUUAAAUCAAAUCGAUUUAAAUCAUGAUUUAAAUCACUAGUCAGUAUGACUUGAUUUAAAUCACCAGUCAGUAAGACUUGAUUUAAUUAUUAUUAUUUUUACAGAAAGUGGAUUGAAAUCAAAUCGAUUUAAAUCACUAGUCAGUAAGACUUGAUUUAAAUCUUUUUUUUUAUAAUCUUAAUAUUUACAACCAGAUGAAGGUUUCAUUUUUGGAAUAAUAAAUUUUCAGACUUGAUUUAAUUUUUUUUUUUAAUAAUCUUAAUAUUUACAACCAGAUGAAGGUUUCAUUUUUGGAAUAAUAAAUUUUCAGACUUGAUUUAAAUCACUAGUCAAUAAGACUUGAUUUCAAUCAUAUAUUUUUUUAUAGAAAGACCCAUUCUUGCUGGUAUAAUCUUAAUAUUUACAACCAGAUGAAGGUUUCAUUUUUGGAAGAAUAAAUUUUCCAAAGAAUAGUUUUUAUGGUUUUAUCAAACCAUUUGGUUAUGCUAUUAGAAACACAAAGACAGGUAAUUAUGAAAUUGUUGUUUCUAUUUGGACAACUUUUCUGCUGUGCUUGAUUGGAAGGAGAAAAAUAAUCAUUUCCUUAAGAACAAUUUUAACAACUUAUUUAACUAAAACAAUAAAAUUAUAUAUAUAUAUUUUUUAAAUGAUAUUUAUUAAAGUUUCACAAAAAUACAGAAAACAAAGAAAAAAGUGUAAAUUACAGCAAAAAAGCAAAAAGUAAGAAAAAACAUACAAAAUAAAACAGUUAAAAACACAAUAAUGUUCCAUAACCUAUCUUCCUUACUCUUAUUUCCCCAGACCUCCUCAUACCUCCCUUCUUUGUAUUCCAAUUCAGUUUGUUGGUUCAGCAAAUCCUUACCAUUAAUCUUUUACCCAAUUGUUAACCUUUUUUUUUUCAUGUCUCUUAAAGCAUUACAGCUAAAAACCUCUUAAUUUCUAUCGAUCAUCCUUCUAAAGUUCCUUAUUAUUACAUUAUUUCUGUAAAUAGUCCUUAAAUUUUUCCAGUCUUCUUUCACCGACUCUUCUCCCUGGUCUCGGAUUCUGCCAGUCAUUUCCGCCAAUUCCAUGUAGUCAAUCACCUUCAUCUGCCAUUCUUCCAAAGUGGGUAGAUCUUGUGUCUUCCAAUACUUUGCGAUAAGUAUUCUUGCUGCUGUUGUAGCAUACAUGAAAAAGGUUCUGUCCUUCUUUGGCACCAGUUGGCCGACAAUGCCCAAGAGAAAGGCCUCUGGUUUCUUCAGAAAGGUAUAUUUAAAUACCUUUUUCAGUUCAUUAUAUAUCAUUUCCCAGAAAGCCUUAAUCUUUGGGCACGUCCACCAAAGGUGAAAGAAUGUACCUUCAGUUUCUUUACAUUUCCAACAUUUAUUAUCGGGCAAAUGAUAAAUUUUUGCAAGCUUGACUGGGGUCAUGUACCACCUGUAUAUCAUUUUCAUAAUAUUCUCUCUUAAGGCAUUACAUGCCGUAAACUUCAUACCUGUGGUCCAUAACUGUUCCCAGUCAGCGAACAUAAUAUUAUGUCCAACAUCUUGUGCCCAUUUAAUCAUAGCAGAUUUCACCGUUUCAUCCUGAGUAUUCCAUUUCAACAGCAAGUUAUACAUUCUUGACAAAUUUUUAGUUUUGGGUUCUAACAAUUCUGUUUCUAAUUUUGACUUUUCCACUUGGAAGCCUAUUUUCUUAUCCAAAUUAUAUGCCUCCAUUAUCUGAUAGUAGUGGAACCAAUCUCUCACUUUAUUUUUUAAUUUUUCAAAACUCUGCAGUCUCAAUUUAUCUCCUUCUUGCUCCAAAAUUUCCCAAUAUGUCGGCCAUUUGGCCUCCAUAUUGAGCCUUUUCAGAGCUUUUGCUUCCAUUGGUGACAGCCACCUUGGGGUUUUAUUUUCCAAUAAGUCUUUGUAUCUUAUCCAGACAUUAAACAAUGCUUUCCUAACAAUAUGAUUUUUAAAUGCUUUGUGUGCUUUGACCUUAUCAUACCAUAAGUAUGCAUGCCAUCCAAAUACAUUGUUAAAACCUUCUAAAUCCAAAAUGUCUGUAUUUUCAAGAAGUAGCCAUUCUUUCAGCCAGCAGAAAGCUGCUGAUUCAUAAUAAAGUUUAAGGUCCUAAAACAAUAAAAUUAUAGCACAUGUAUUCAUGUUUGUUAACUGAUGUGGUUAAACGAUUUUUCCCCCCAGAAAAAAAUACUUAGACUGAGUUUUGGCACACAUGAAAAACUUUAAACAAACCCUUAUUUCCUGAUGAAUAGCCUAUAAUGUAACUUAAAUAGAAAACUAUCUUUAGAAAGAUUUUCCCCCCAAAAGCAUUUUAUUUUAAAAAUCUGAUUUAAAUUUUAAAAAUCUGAUUUAAUUUUUUUUUUAAAUCCGAUUUUUAUUGAUUUUUCUUUUUAAAAAAUCAUUGAUUUUUAUCCACCCUGUAGGGAGCUGACCCUGGAUGAGCCCCCGCACACCUGCUGGAGCGGGAUGUGUGGCUACCCGCAGAUGGUUUCUCAAGUCCACGUCGUCUCGGCUUCCGGGCUGAAGAACCAGGAUUCGCAAGAAGGUGCAGGGCCCCGAUCCAACCCCCAUUUCCAACCACACCCACGCGACACGCCUGAAAUCUGCAGGGGGGGGAGGAGGAGGAGGAGGGGGCACAGCUGUCAACUUUUCCCUUUUCUUGCGAGGAAUCCUAUUCGGAAUAAGGGAAUUUCCCUUGAAAAAAGGGAAACGUUGACAGCUAGGAGAGGGGGAGAGUCGCUUCAAAAGAGCAGGGGAGCUUUGGGCCGCUGACAAACUGGACUCGGGGCUUCAGCAACCACUGUUGUCGUUUUAAUUCAGGCGCGGACCCCUACGUGAUCAUUAAAUGUGAAGGCGAGAAGAUCCGUUCACCGGUGGUGAAAAGCACUGUGACACCAGAGUUUGAUGUGAAAGGCCUCUUCUACCGCAAGAAGCCCGGGCAGCCCAUAGUCAUUCAGGUGAGGUUUCCUUUAUCAAAGGAUCAUAGUACUAUAGCAGGAACAUCCACGUGAAGCUGCAGCCAAGGCUGUUCAUCCGUGGCACGAUUCCGCAGAAGUGGCGAUGAGCCACAGAAUGAACCCAGCUUCCUAAACCUUUAAUUUCCAUCGCUCUCCCCACCCUCUUCCUUCUCGAACACAUUGCUUUCCUAGGCUACUGUAGUUCUUUCAGCUUCUGCUGCGGACUAAGAAGGCUGUUCUUUUUAUCGCAGCCUAACCAUGUGCAGGGACGCGGGUGGCGCAGUGGGUUAAACCACAGAGCCUAGGGCUUGCCGAUCGGAAGGUCGGCGGUUCGAAUCCCUGCGAUGGGGUGAGCUCCCGUUGCUCGGUCCCUGCUCCUGCCCACCUAGCAGUUCGAAAGCACGUAAAACUGCAAGUAGAUAAAUAGGUACCGCUCCGGCGGGAAGGAAAACGGCGUUUCCGUGCGCUGCUCUGGUUCGCCAGAAGCGGCUUGGUCAUGCUGGCCACAUGACCCGGAAGCUGUACGCCGGCUCCCUCGGCCAAUAAAGCGAGAUGAGCGCCGCAGCCCCAGAGUCGGCCACGAAUGGACCUAAUGGUCAGGGGUCCCUUUACCUUUAACCAUGUGUAGCUUUUCUCUUCAAUCAUGAGGGCUAGGUGCUUAGUUUUUUAGAUUUUGGUUGGUCGAGGUGUGCUAGGUCCACCAUGGAUGCGAGCGGAUGCACGCAGCCCUGGUCUGUGGGUGCGUUCCUUCUCCGAUGAUCCACCAACUUUUGCUUCUCUCCCUCCAGGUCUGGGACCAUAACCUUAUCAGCGACACCUUUCUGGGCCAGGUGAGCCUUGCAGGUGACCCAAACAACCUCCUGUCGAUGCACAUCCUCCACUUGGAGGACAAAGGCAGCAAACGCGUCAACGAGCUUCCGGGGACCCUCAAGGUGCAGUUGCUCACCAGCAACGUCCUGACUAACAUCUAA